ACAAGAAAGAAUACUGAAAAUCACUAUAAGUGAUCAAGUAAACGAAUAAUUUUUUCACGGACUUGACAUCAAAAUCAUAACCAAAGCGACGAGGCGUGUGUAUCAAUCGUGCGAAAAUUUAAAUAAUCCAACACCAAUUUCCCCAGCAGUUUUACGUAUAUAUAUGUAAACAUGAGAUAUUUGCUUUAAUUAUGUCUGCAACAAACGCGAGUGUAUAGCUCACUGCAACGUCUCAUUUUAGAAUCGCACAGAUUCUAUUUUAGUAGGUGCUAAUCAAGCAGAAUAUCACAAUUCUUAUUCUACGACCAUGUGAUACCUUUACCUGCAUCGAUUAGACCUUUGAAAUGGUGAUAAUUUUUUCCGGUAGUCCCUCCCUGAAAUCGAAUCACUUUACCUAAUUAUAGCCAGCCUAUCACGACCGAAAAAGUAUUCUCAUCUAACAUUUUUCAAGGAAUAAUAAUAAUCUUUCGAUCACACCUAGUUUUAUUUGAAAAGCAAAGAAGUUAUCAAAUAGCUGCUCGCAUUUUUCACUAGGAUCCAUCUAUUAAAGUGACAUUCAAAUAAUAAUUACCUUGUUCAACCCAAAUUUAACCAGAGUUGCUCAAGCACUUUCAUUUCAAUCUCUCCAUCAUGAAUGUUACCAAUACCGCCUGAAUUAACAAGUAAUUAAUCAUAAUUAUUUCUCAAAUCCAACAUACAAUUUACUCUGUAAUCACUUAGCAGAGCGAAUAAACGUGUGUACAAUAAAAUACCAGAAAAACGACUGAACUGCUUAAUUUGAUGAUAGUAAGCGUGUUCCAGUCAUAAUUACUAAACAAAAAUUUUAAAUUAAUUUAAUUGUCCCUGCCACCAUGAGAUUGCGUGCUAUAUUGGGGAUGUUGGUCAAGAAGUUGCAGCAUAACGCCAACACAAAUUCGACAAUCAUAAACAUAACAGGGCUGGGAGAUGGGGGUGACAUAGAUAACAACGACGAUAUCCAAGGACUUUUGAACGACACAGAUUCUGAACUCUCCUCUUUAUCGCAUCUCGAUGCUCCCAACGAUGUUAUUUACAUGGCCUGUGGAGUGGUCAUUGCCAUGCUAUUGGUUGGACUCAUCAUCGUCUUGGUAGCAGUCACAAUCAACAAAUUGAGGAAACGUGAAGAAACAUCUGUGAGUCCGGUUACUGUGGAAGCACAAACAACAACAACAACCAGCAGUUUGUCUUCAUCGCCUGUGCAGCUCGUUUCGGCCUGUGUUGAAACGCAGCAGAAUCAACAGCAAAUCUACCAACAACAGCAACAACAACAACAAACAGACAAUCAAACACAGCUUCCGUCCAGUGUUUGGAGGUUCCCGCCAUUGCCACCGCAGCCCAACCUUUAUUGCGCUAACGGUCAAGACGCAUUCAUUCAAGGAAAUGACAAGGCGGGCUUCAAAGGAUUUCGGAAGCAGUUUAGUGGACGUUUUAAGCGAUUAGUGGCGAAAAAGUCUAAUGAACCAGCCCCAGCAAUACCACCCGAGCUUAAACCGCAACUUAAAACCAUAUACGUAUACUAGGCAUUUAGGUUGCAUGAGGCUGUGACAAAAAAUCUGCAACAUGUUUAUUAUAAACGGAAAACUAAUAAGACUACAACCAUGCAUUCAGGCAUGGCAGCAUCGUCAAACCAGAAGAAGACCGUUCCGGGCUGCAUCCUGUUGUCCACAGACAUCGCAGCCUAAUUCCAAGUAGAGAAGAAUUUCACGCACUGCCCGAGCCAAAUCAGCAGUGAAAUCCAGAAAAUCUUAGACCUUAGAAUAUUUGGACAGCGAUUCCAGUUUUCACCGUAAAACAAUUCUCAACAGUAUUCUAGAUUAUUAGAAAAUUAUAUCGAAUCUUUGGCACCUUCAAGGAAACGUAUCUUGUUCACGCGAUCAAAACUGCGAGAAAAAACAUUUGAACAAUCUUAUGAUAACUUGGUUGCAAACUUAGACUUUAAAGCAAAGUAAUCACUGAACAUCCGAAUAGAGAGACACAUCAAAUUAUGCCUAAAUCAACUAAUUUAACACAAAAUGUUCACUUGAAAAGACUGAAACGUACCAGAUUGUUGUUGUAUGAAGGCGAUUUUCAAAAAACGACUAAAUUUUAAGAAGAUUGAACAGAAAAAAGACCAAACACGCAUAUCAAUCAAUUCUAGAUAAAUGAAAAACUUGCUGUUUUCAGAUUAUCUCCAAACGUUGUUGUUUUAAACACCAGAUGCAUUCAAACACAUAUCACACAACGGACACAAUCGUUUAGGGAAGUGUUUCUACGUAAACACCACGUAAAAUGUAAGAUUAUACUCUUCUGUUCAAAGAAAAAAUACGUUUUCUUUUGAAAAGUAAAAAAUCAAUUCCAUUAGUUACUCUAAAUAAAUGAAUGUUUGUUUGUAAGCUUUUUUUAAGUACAGAGUGUAAAAAUAACAAAACCCAGAAAGUAUGGAAAAAACAAAAGAAAAUAUAAAAUGUAAAAUAGAUUUAUUUUCCAGAGCAUAGAAGAGAAGAUGUGAAAAUCUUGUUCCAACAUGAGCACUGUAAAAUGAUAUCGAAAUCUGAUUUUAUAUUUAUUUAGAAAUACUCUACAGUCUGUAGUAAGAGUCAAAUAAAUGUAAUUUUUAAAGAAAAGUCCAUUAUGUAUUGAUUGCAGUUUUCUUCCCCGAUCGGUGGCCACUGCUUGCUUCGGUCUCCCAGCCAGGCCUUUUCAAUUCCUUCCGGUCAAUUUGAAGUUACUUCUGCAUAAAUUGGUAGCUAGCACCCACUUUCAGAAAGCUAGAGCAAAUAUUUCAUCCAAUGCAAUAUCAUCCAUUCAUUGCUUUUAGUAACAGUGAACCAAUCAUUUCAAUCAAAUCUAGCAGAUACUAGAUACUAGACCAGUUAACACGCUCAACAGAUACAGAGAAAACUGCAAAGAAAACAGAAGAUAUCCUAAUACAUAGCGAGAAGAUAAACAGAAAAUCUAAAAUAAAAACAAAGUCCACUCACAUUGAGUGGAUUAAUGUGAUUAUUUUUUGUCAUUUUUAACUAUAUAAAAAGUAUUUGUGUUUUAAUUGAAAUAUCUUUUAAUGUUUAGAGAGCGAGUUUGUAUUAUUUUUGUGUCAGCUAUUUUCUCCCGUCCCUGUAAUCGCCGAAUUGCCAACAAAGCAUGUGAAAGUCAAGAUAUUAAUUUAUUGUAACAUAUCCAGUCACUGCACACUCAAAGUCCUAAGACCAAAAUGGAGAAAAAUUAUUUGUUUUAUUCAAAUUCAAUGUAUCUAACCAAUAGUUUGUUUCCUACUACCUACCUGUAAUUGAAUCCACGAAAAUAGCGAGGAUAAUCAUAAUAUGCUUUGUAACAACACAUGAAAAGAGAAAAUAGAGAGAAAUACAUAUCUUUAAUUGAAAAUAUUGUUUUUGCGUUGACAUUAUGCUUCGUUUUAUUCUAUUUAUUUCGAGUUUAAGAGUGCAUCUCCACGAGCACAUCUGACUCCACGUCCAUGAUGCCUUAGUUUUAUUCUUCCUCAAGUCCUGUUAUAUUUAUUUAAACUAUCAGUAUUGUUUGAACAAAUCGACUUUUGAACGUUUGAACAAAUUAACUUAACAUUUUGUUAGCAACUUAGUUUCCUUAGCUCCCUUCGAUGCACCUAACGACUUGGUUAAGCUUGUGCAGAAAGGAAAAUAUUUACGCAAUUCUCUCAUACUUGCCUGUGAGAGCGUUCUGCUAACAGAACUGCGAACGAUUUCUGUAAAAUGUGGCAUAAUAAGAUAGAAAAACAUAAUUUAAGUUUAUGCUUGUAUUCAAAAAAGACAUAUCGAUUAACAAAAGCUGUUUGAACAGAAAGUCAUUACUAUGGAAAUACUUAGGAGGAAGGGAAGUAGUGAAGCGAAAUAAAGUGUAUUUUUUCAGUUUA